UUGAACUUGUCUGAACUGAAAUUUAAACAUUUCAUUUUUUAUUUGUCAUCUUGAAACUGAUCGUUGAUUUUGUACUUUGGUUACAUGAACGAAAGUACGACAUAACCAAAAAAAAAAUUAAUGAGCGUCUUUUCAAGACCUUGUCCUGACUUAACGGAAUGAAAUACUAGAAGUGGUGUGAUGCUCCAAUUGACACGUGAUGUUUGAAGGUCAAAGAUGAAUUUUAUUUGCAAAACAAUGGCGUCUAUCAGCAAAUUACAUCAUUUCUAAGAACUGGUUCCGCCAAGAAACAUCGACUGAGCAGUCCAACCUGAAGCUGUCAGUGGUGAAGAGGCUGAUAUCAACAUCAGAAGAAUAACACAGCCACUUAACCGACGCAAAUUAGAUAGACGUUUGCAAAAGUUGAAAUUAUCGAAACUGGAAUUAUCGUCUACGGAUUAGCAAGCAUGUUGAGAACCAUCACCACAUCUACAAAUGGCGUUUUUUCUGGCAUCACUGGCCUGGCAUUUUUGGUCAUAAACAUAUACUUGAGGAUAUAUUACUUAUGGGUUCGUGUUAGCACUUGGUUUCUGAAUUGUAUUUUGUCAUUCAUACUCGUGUGGUGGUUUGGACUCAAAGAUGUGAAAAUCUCCAUCAAAGAUUUUGGAUUUUUAUCAGUUCAAGGCAUAAGAAUACAUUGGAAAGAUAACUCAGGAUUGACAAUUGAAGAUAUAUCAUUUAAGAAAAUUGAAUGGAACUUUCUGAAAGUUAGGGAUAUCACAUUUCUGUUUUACAUAAAGGAUUUACACAGAGAAAUAUUUACUGAUGCAGAGGAUACAACAACAGAUGUUUACACUUCUUUUAUUCUUCAUUGGAAGAUGCAUUCCCCAAGGGACCUGAUUAGCAGUGACCUUCGCAAUUCCAGCGAGACUGUACCACCAUCCUUUACAUUACUGCAUGCUACUGAUGUACAGAUUGGAAGUAGACUGCAUGUGCACAGAGGAGGUGCCUAUGUUGCACUGUUCGAGGCUGAUGUCUUGGAUGGGCUGUUGAUACCAUCAAAUGAGGCCACCUCGCUAUGUGUAAAAAUGAGAGAAAUAACAUACUGCUGUGGACCAUAUGAUCCAGGGCUUGUACAGGCCAGGAGAGAAAAGAUCCUUAAGAUGCCACUUGUGGAUUUUCUCGGUACAUUUUACAAAUCAGGUCCAUCACAGGUCACAAUGAACUUUAAUGGAUUGCAGAUAUUUGUCAGUCCUUGCAGAGUAAAUUCUCUAGUGAUUUAUUUCUACUCCUGGAUUUAUCAGCUGAAAGAAGCUUUGUCAUCUGAAUCAGAGGGCCGUGAUGAAACAGACAUCAGUCCUGACAAGUCAUUAGAGGUCAAUAUCAAGUCAGAGGAUUCUAAAGUUUCAGUCUGCUUUCAAGAUGGGGAUGAAGCAGUCAACAUCACGGCGUCUUUCAAUCUCUCCCUUCUUCAGAGAAACAAGAAAACUCAGUAUGGAGCUUCAGUGGGAAUACAAGCACAUGUUCCGAGCUCAGAGGGGAAAAAAGAUCCACAUGCCGUCAUUGGAAAUGAGUGGAUCUCAAAGCCUUGGGAGUGUUCCUUUAUUGGAAGUGAUUCUGUAGGCCACUCUAAAGUAGCAAGAAUAACAUCGGAUCAGAACUGCUCUGUUGUUCUUAGACCUGACUCUGUUCCUGUAUUUCAGAAACUUCACGAGGAGUAUAUCAGCCUUUUAGAUCUGAGGCGAAUGCACGAUUUGAUUGGGUUGUUAAAGAACAACAAGAGAGAAGAACAAUCUUCGUCAAGACAGGUUUUCGUAAGUCUCAGAGGAUUAAUAGUUUCUUUAGAAAGAGAAGUGUGCGAAGACCUUCUGAAUGUCAGCGUAGAUGACAUACGGAUCGAUUUUAACCGAGAUCAUCACCAUGUAACAGUGGAACUGAGUGUUAAAGACCUGGAGGUAGAGGAUUGUGCUGAUAAAAUUAUUGCUUUUCAACAAGAGCGGUCCAACGGCAUCAGUUCCAAAUCUCUUCUGAGGUUUUCACUCCUGCAGGAUGCGAAGAAUACAGAGGAGAGAGUAGUAGUUAAGAAACUUCAUUUGGAAGUGGGCGACUCAACAGUCACUUUCCAAGAGAAACUCAUCCUGAAACUUCUGAAAUUUGCUGGCAUCAAAGACAAGACUCAGUUAUGGGGCGAGGACAUAAAAACAGAGCAAGAAAACUCCAACGGAAAUCCGCCCACUACUCUCGCGGCAACGCCAUUUUAUUUCGAAAAGCUACAUGUGGAACCUUUUCGAGUUGUGGUGACUUGUAAUCCGGCCGGUGAGCUUUCGGAUGAUCUUCAGAGUUUGAAAACAUCGCUAGAGAUUCCUGCCGGUUUUCCACCAUUGAUGGAGAAUGCCAGCAUGCAGUUUGGAGAAUUUUUACGGACGGGUAUAACUUACAAGACGGUUGUUGCUUUCGGUCGAGACAUCAGGAGACAUUAUUUGAAGGAGAUUGGUCGUCAAUCCACCUCUCUUCUUGGUUCGCUCCAUCUCCUUGGUAACCUCUCCAGCUUGCAAGGCGAUAUUUCUGAUGGACUGGCCGAGCUAAAGGAGACUGGUGACUACUUUGGCUUCGUCAGACAAGUGAGAGGUGGACUGGCUGAAUCCUACUAUAAGUUCGCGGAUUCAUGGACAGCGGCCAUCACCCAGUCACAAUCAAACAGUCCGACUUUAAGUAGCACAUCAUCCGGGAGCCGCUCCAUUUCAUCGAUGAGAUCUAUAGGUGGUGUUGUUGGGACGUUAACAAGCUAUCUUUAUAGUCCUUCAAAAGAUACGGGUCAAGGAAAAUCACAGGCCUCUAAUUCAUCGGCAGCCUCGACGCCAGAUACUCCAAAGAGACUGUCGGCAGCGAAGAGACUGAUACCGAUAGAAUACAACGAGGACCAUGAUUCUUCCGAAAGUGAGGAGAGCAGCUUGUCCUGCAUUCAGUCAGUGGAAGGGUGGGACAUGGUCCCGAAAGAUGUCCACAGAAAACUAAAAGGACAAGAGUUCCUGGAGAGGCUGACAGCUAGCUUGUCUGGCGAAGUUGAUAAGAAACAAAAAUUUAUUAGCUGCUUGAGGCUGCGUUACCAGGAUCCCACAGACAAACUGAAUGCCUUGGUAACGAAUCAGCGUGUGUACAUCAUGAAGGUUGGAUUACCAGCGGCUGAUAACGUGUUGCUUUCAUUUGAACUUGUCAACUUGUACAAAGCCAGGCACAGAGAUCAAGACGAAGAACAUUAUCUGGAAUUACUGAUGAGACUAGCGGGCGGAAAACGCCUCUCUCUCCCCUCCCCUAAUCCUGCUGACAAUCCCCUGGUGAGAUGUGGCACUGUUAAGAUUGCACAAAAUGCAGCGAACGUCAUAAACGAGGCCAAGAGAUCGAGCGAGGAGGCUGAGUGGAGAUAGCAAGUUGAAGCUGGUCGUGCAUGAUCAGGAAGUUUGUUUUUGUCGCACCUGACGUUUUGGUUCGAUUUUCUUCAAUUGCACGCGCAUAUGGAAUAACUGAUUGCUUCCCGGGAACAAUCUCGAUUUGGUAUUUUGUUACAGAAGAAUCCAUAUAAUGAAGGAAUCGUCUAAUUCUUGCUCGUUGUGAGACUGGCCUUGCCAGUCUUAUGAGGAAGUCUUGGGUAUAGGCUUUGCACAUCACAUUUUCUUUGGCCAUUACUAUCUGCUUUAGCAUCAAAUUAAGAGGACUUUUUUUUUUUGAACACGUUUAAUACUCAUUUGUUUGUGUGUAAGUAUAUGUUACGGCAGAGAACAUGGGAUAAGUUGAAUACUGUAUUUAUUUUGUAGGGAGGGAUAUUGGCUCUACGGGUUUUGGUUCUUGACAGUGCUUUAUGCAUUUUUGAAGAAAAGAUAUUUUUUUGGGGGGGGGGGAAUUACAGACACGUAAGACUGUAAAUACAACCUGUAGGGCACUGAUAAUAACAAUGAUACUGAUGAUGUUAAUAACAAGAAUUGUAAAAAUAAUGAUGAUGAUGAUGAUUGCAAUUAUGGUAAUAAUUAUGAUGAAGAUGACGUCAGCGACGACAUGACGUCAAGGAAGACGAUGACACGACGUGGCACGACACGACGUUAAUGAUAAUGACGAUGAUGAUGAUUUUGAAGAUUAAGAUGAUUAAAAUUAUAUUAAUGAUAGUCCUUAUUACACAUGAAAGAAAGAUAUUCUGAUAUAAGUUUUAGAGUGAACGGCAGGCUUCCCCCGUGGUUCCAUAAAUAAUUGAAAAUCUCUAAAGUAUUUGUAAACAGACGAAUUUUUUUUUUCAAUUUCUGAGACGUCUUUUCCGAAAAUAAUGCAGUCAGGUGUAUCGCAAUACACUUGGGAGAUAAAAUAAGCUAUAUAUUUGCUUUUCAAGGAUUUUGAAUAGCAAAAAGUAUUUUUGUUUGCUAAAUACGUUGAAAUCAAAUAAUAAUUUCAAAUAUGAGGUAAAUUGAUGAAUAAGUAGAUUGAAUAUUAUAUUAUUCGUAUUUGGGAUUUCUAUAGGAAAAGCGACCAGCAUAAUGCUUGCAUAAAGAAUUAAAAAACUUAAAACUAUAUUUAAAAAGAAGGACAACAAACAAUUGAAACAUCUAAUAGAAAGUAAAUAGCAUAAACGAUGUGACCGAUCGGAUCGAUGCGAGUGGGGAAAAAUCAAUUACGUUGAUAUUGUGUUAAGUGACGAAUCGAUCUUAACCGAAGAGGUUUUGAAAUUCUCGGAAAUAGCCUGUUAUUGGAGAGAUUUAGCGCUGCGUUUACGUGAAACGGCAAAUGUCAACUUGGCCUUUCAUUUUCCACGUAAUAGCGUGAACCUUGCUGUUCAGCUUCGUGUGAGCUCACAUUAGGGUGAAUUUAAAGGCGCCCUUAUAUGACUGACAGGGAAUAGUUUUAGCGCACUUUUUCGGGCAAUUUUCCUCCACUCUGUGAGAGAAAAGGUGAAGAAAACUUACAUAAACGGCAAACGCGAAACAGGUAACUUUCACGUAGAGACAGCAAAGCGCAACCGGCAAACGUGAAAAAAUGGCGGGAAAAUCGUAGUCUCUGGGUCACUCUUGCCGUUCCCGUCUUAGAUAAACACGGUGCUAAAUCUCCACCAUUAUUGUGACCUUGGGAUUGAGAGGUCAACGUAGUUUAACCCCAUCCCGUUUUGUUGUAUCGUUCAUGGUUGAUACUUUUCCCUCGCCUUUUUCCACCGAUAAAGUUUCUUCAUUUGGUAUAUGGUAUAUUCCGUGACUUAGCCACUGAACGGAAAUCGUUGUGAAGGAGUGUUUGAGAAUAAAGAGUAAUGGGUGGUCCAUUAAUUUGUAGGGGUUCCAAUGAGUGUGUUAUUUUCUGAAUAAAAUGAAUUAUUUUAUAUUA